UUCUAUAUCCUCUCCGUCACUUCAGCCGUCUACGCAGCAUGUAUACCCAGUACCACCUCCACCGACGAUCUUCAAUCUUUGUUUCAAAAAGGAGGUGUCAAUUACAUCCUCUCCCUCUGCCCGAAUCAAACUUACAAUCUCACUCAAAUCCUCAAUUACACCGCUGCCGGUCAGGAAAUCUCGACAGAAGGAUAUCCAACAGAUGUUAGUAGAGCCACGUUAUUAGUAGGAGGUUUCAACAUUUCCACAGCUGUCCAAGCUCAGAAUAACGGAUUGGAUGGGUGUAAAUUACGAAAUGUUCAAGUGAAUGGGAAUAGGGGGGAUGAUCCUAUAUAUCAAGGAGGAGGGGGGUUGAUAGAAUUUGGAGGUGAUACUAAUGGACAAUUGGUAGAAUAUGUUCACUCGUUUGAUCCUAGAGGAUGGUCAUGUUUACAUAUUGCGGAAGGACCUUUCACUUGCACAAACGUCACUAUUCAGAAUAACGAUAUUGGUCCUUGUGGUUCAGAGUUCUUCCAAAUGUGGUCAGAUGGUAUAAGUCUCAGUUGUCAAUCGAGUUUGGUACAGAACAACGUUAUAACCGAUGCGACUGAUGGAGGUAUAGUAGUAUUCGGUGCACCGUUCUCCACGAUCCGGAAUAACACUAUUCGCGUUAAAACUAAAACUUUGUUGGGAGGUAUCAACAUGGUCGAUGUCUUACCAUGGCGACCACCUGGUAAUUAUUCCGGCGUUCACGUCACGGAUAAUUCAAUCCAUGGUGGUUUUGCCACAGGGUACGGUAAUGCAACACUCGGAACGAACAACGCUUCAUCCGUCAUCAAGAUAGGUAUCGCAGUAGGACCUAGAACAUGGUUUGAUGAUCAAUUCGGGAAUAACGUUUCCACCGGAGGGGUUAUUGAGAAUAACGUAUUACAAGGUGCUUUUUCAUUUGGUAUAGCCGUAUCAUCUGCGAAAAGCUUUACACUACAAAAUAAUACAUUCAUCAAUAAUAUCUCGUUCGUCGGAUCAUACGGUGUUAACUGCACAACAGGUGCAUCAACUCCUCAUCCUCCCACUGCUCUUUUGUUCGAUCCGUCCAAUACGGAGAACAUCACCAUAAUCCCUGGAUCAUCUACUACAUCAGGGGAUAAUCUUGAUUUCGUCAAUGGGAAAGCGGAAGGUUUAACAUGUUUCGUUCAUCCUCCAACUGAUGAGUUUGCUUGGCCUUAUGGAGAUGGGGGUGUUAAUGCUGGAGCGACGGAAACUACUGGAGGUGGAUCGACAGGGUCUACGAGUGGGAAGGGUACGGGUCCAUCAAGUACGGGAUCGAAUUCCGGAUCGACUUCA